UCAGUUUCGCAGACAAAUACCAAUAGAUCAUGGCCUCAUUGGUAGAUGCCAUUAUUGAUAAAUAUGGCCCUGGAGAUGAGGAGUCGUUUGAUUUUAUAUCCAUCCCUAAAAAGCGACAGGACUCUACAACAAGUGAGAAUGAUGCCAUUGUCCUUCCAUUAGCCCUUGUUCUCGAUAACCUUGAAAUCCAUAACAUUGGUGAUAAGACGAAGCUGAAAGAGAUGUGUGAGAAAACUGUAGAACUGGAUCUUACUAAAAACCUCAUCACGGACUGGAAAGAGGUAUUGUGUUUGAUGGACUGUAUGCCAAAACUUCAGGUUUUGAACCUGUGUGCCAAUGCUCUGGACAAUGACUCGUGGCCAGGGGAUGACAAUCGUGGUACUUUUACAGCUCUACAAAAUCUCAUUCUGAACAACACUGGGGUGUCAUGGGAUGUAACUCAUAACUUUCUGAGGCUGUGUCCAUCACUAACGGAAAUGCAUUUAAGUUUGAAUGAACAUGAAGACAUUUCAUUACCUAAUCCUCUCCAAACUUAUCCCACGGUCAAGAAAAUCCACAUGUCAAAGAACAAAAUCAAACACUGGUCCCAGUUGCACAAAGUCGGAAGACUGUUUCCAAAUUUGGAGAAUUUUGUCAACAUUGAAUCAGAUCUGGAGAACUUGAGGUCUCCCAUUGAAGAAGAAAAUGACAUGGCUCAGAUUUUUUCCAAGAUGAAAACUCUUGUUCUGACUCAGACUAAGCUGGGGAGAUGGGAGGACUUAGAGAGGCUGCGUCACUGCCCAGCAUUGGUGGAUCUAAAAGUUUUAGGAAUUCCAUUUCUAGAGGAGAUAGCAGUCAAGCCCAGGCGACAGCAGUUGGUCUCCAGAUUACCCAACAUUCAGUGCCUCAAUGGUACACCAAUAUCAGAAUGUGAAAGAGAAGAUGCAGAGAGGGCCUUUAUAAGAAUGUACAUGGACAGUGAAGAAAAGCCUAGCAGGUAUUUUGAACUAGAGAAUAUCUAUGGCAGACUAGAUCCCCUGGCAGAAGUGGACAUGUCUGUAGCCACUAUACUGAAUUUGGCACUAGAUAUUGCAUUCCAAGGGCGAGAGGAACGAAUAGAGAUCAAUACUGACCAAAAAGUCAAAGACAUGAUGAAGACCAUAUCAAACAUAGUGGGAAUACCGGCAUCAAAAAUGAAAGUGUAUCAAAAGAUUGUUUGUAAAGGCCAGUUAAUCCAAACUGUACUGAUGUCAACUUUUCCGAAUAAAAAGUUGUGGACAUACUAUAUGUCAACUGAAGACAUCAUUGUGUGCGAGCUCAAAACUACACCAAAGCCAUGUGAAGCAAAUAUACACUUUGUUUAAAAAUAAGUGUAGAGAAACUAGUUACUAUUGUAUAUAAAGGGUGUUAAGAAAGUUUGUUCCAUGAUUCACAUCAUGCCUAAACUUAUUUAUAAACAACUCAUAUACAAGUUUUUAUGUUUUUAAUAACCAGACAGUCCACCUUUGUUUUUCAAUACAUUUUUAAUUCUGUUUGGCAUUGAAUGAAUUAAAGAAAUCAAAUGUUUCUGAGGUAUCUCCCUCCAUGCACGUUGAAGUUGGCGGCAUUAUUGGCACAUCGUUGUUGGGCGCGGAUCCUUGUACACCUCACUGUCCAGAAUACUCCAAAGAUUUUCUAUACAAUUUAGGUCUGGGGAAUUGCCUGGCCAUUCUUCUUUCGAAAUAAAGUUUGGUAAAUUAUUUUCACACCAAUUCUGUGUUAGGAGGGCAGUGUGAGGUGUCACUUCAUCUUGAACAAACAUAGCGUGUCCUGGAUAUUGAACCAACUUUUCUUCAUCAAUCCUAUCACUGUUUUUCUGUCAAUUCAGAGCAGGUUUUAGUUCUUUUUGAAGAAUUUUAUUCGCAUAAUAAUCAGCAUUAAUAGUUUUGCUGGCUGGAACAAUAUAAAGUUUGGACAAACCCUGAACUCCCCUUGCACCCCAUAUCAUGACUUUAGCGCUGACUUGACACAACUUACAUCUGGAACCUCAUCUGGCUGGGACCCCCAUACAACAUCGUCCUGUCGGCUCAGAAGAUGAAACAAAUAUUUUGUAGAUUCAUCACUAAAGAUGUAGUUUUCCCAGUCUUCAGCCGUCAAAUGCUUGCGAUCACGAGCAAAUUUCAAUCUCUUUUGCCUUUUGUUUUUUUUGUCAGUAGUUGAUUUCUCAAUCUUUUAAAUGCCUUCCAUUUUUUUUAACUUUUUGCAAAUAAUUAUAAACAGUUACAUGUUUUACAUUAGAGCCUGAGUUCUUAAGUUCCUUGCUGCAUUUUCUUGUUGAUUUUCCUCUUUUGUAUUUUAUGUUCUCCACGUUUUUCUUUACUACCCCCACUAUUUUUGAUUGCCUACUGGAUCUCGCUUAAUCGGUUAGUUAUUAUAUAGGAAUCACUCUGCCUGUGUGUGUGUGUCCGUCCGUCCGUCUGUCUGUCUGCAGAUCCGUGUCCGAGCCAUAACUUCUUUGUUCUUUGACUUAGGCAUACCAUAUUUAGCACACAGUUGGAUCACCUUGAGACGAUGUGUCGAGUACCUUCAUGACCUCUAUAUAACCUUGACCUCAACGUCAAAAUUAAAGGUUUUUUACAAUGGGUUCGUGUCCGGGCCAUAACUUCUUUGUUCUUUGACAUAGGCAUACCAUAUUUGACAAAUGAGUGUAUCACCAUGAGACGAUGUGUCAUGUACUUUCAUGACCUUCAUAUGACCUUGACCUCAAGGUCAAAAUUAAACGUUUUGCAAUGGAUUCGUGUCAGGACCAUGACUUCUUUGUUCUUUGACAUAGGCAUACCAUAUUUGACACAUGAGUAUAUCACCAUGAGACGAUGUGUCAUGUACCUUCAUGACCUUUCAUAUGACCUUGACCUCAAGGUCAAAAUUAAAGGUUUUACAAUGGAUUCGUGUCAGGGCCAUGACUUCUUUGUUCUUUGACAUAGGCAUACCAUAUUUGACACAUGAGUGUAUCACCAUGAUAUGAUGUGUUGGGUAUCUUCAUGACAUCUAUAUGACCUUGAACUUUGACCUCAAGGUCAAAAUUGAUUAUAGGGUUUUGACAUAGUCAUACCAUAAGACAUGGGUGUAUCACCAUGAGACUAUGUGUCAUGUACAUUCAUGACCUUUUUAUGACCUUGACCUUUGAUCUCAAUGUCAAAAUUAUAGGUUUAUGCCAUGGAUUUGUGUUCGGACUAUAUCUUCCAUUUUCUUCUACAAAGGCAUACCAUAUUCAUGCACUCAGGAAAGAGGUAAUUUAUACCUAUUAACAACACUCUUUGGGAGAUUGGGGUAAGCGGAGGGUAUUCUUAGUGAGCAUUGCUCACAAUACCUCUUGUUUAGGAUUACAAGAAGUGCUUUUGGUCAUUGAGUUGUGAUUUUUUAUUCUUUCAACAUGUUCAUUGAUUUUUUUAUACAUUUUAUUGUUGAGUUCCUUUCCCAGGUGUUGAUGUGCAAUAUGUAUGUUAUGUGACAUUGUCGUAUAUAAUGUACAUGUCAUGUGACAUUGCUGUAUAUAAUGUACAUGUCAUGUGACAUUGCUGUAUAUAAUGUAUAUAUGCCAUGUGACAUUGCUGUAUAUAAUGUACAUACCAUGUGACAUUGCUGUAUAUUAUGUAUAUGUCAUGUGACAGUGCUGUAUAUUAUGUAUAUGCCAUGUGACAUUGCUGUAUAUAAUGUAUAUGUCAUGUGACAUUCCUAUAUAUAAUGUAUAUGUCAUGUGACAUUGCUGUAUAUUAUGUAUGUGACAUUGCUGUAUAUAAUGUAUUUGUCAUGUGGCAUUGCUAUAUAUAAUGUACAUGUCAUGUGACAUUGCUGUAUAUAAGGUAUAUAUCAUGUGACAUUGCUGUGUAUAAUGUAUAUGUCAUGUGACAUUGCUCUAUAUUUUGUACAUGUCAUGUGACAUUGUUUUGCAUAUUAUACAUUUGUAUAUAAUGUUCAUACAUUCAAAUAAAUGUGAAUUUUUAAGUCUUGAAAUAUUUGAAAAUGAUUUUUUAAAAAUACAUUUGUAAGUAAUCAGAAUUUUCAUUACUUUUGCCAUUAUGAGAUGAAUAAAAUGGAAACUUAAAUAUUG